AUGUCUCUCAUUGAUCAAACGUAUUGCAUUGAUUACAAUGGGUUUGUUAAGGGAUCAUCCAACUUUCCUCCACCCAAACAAGUUGACUUUGAUUCACAAACCAUACCUGAACUGAUCUAUACAAAGGCUGGAAGCGACCGUGUAGCUGCUGUUUUCGAUUCAGAAAAGACUUCUAUGACCUUUGCCAAAGUUGUCAAUGAGAUGGAUUCAAUUGCUGCUGGGAUGUUAGCUACGGGCCUUGUGCCAGGGGAUCGCAUUCUGAUUUGUGGUAGCAAUCACUCUCAGGUCAUGUUAAGUACACUUGCUGCCUCUCGAGCUGGACUUGUUUUCAGUAUGGCAAAUCCGAAUUUUCCUAAUGCGGAAAGCUUUCAUCGUGCAUUAUCAGUUGGAGAGUUCAGGGCUGUUGUUUGCUUCAAAGCUCAGGCGCAAACAGAUUAUUUACACUCUUUAUUACUUGAAUUCUGUCCAGAACUAAUGAGUUGUUCGAAAGGCAAAAUCAAGUGUGAGGCUCUUCCUAAACUCACUCAUGUUAUUCUUGCUGAAGAAGAUCAUAAGCAUGCUGGAUGUUACACGCUUUCUGAAGUUUUCAACAAGUCGUCCAAGGAAAAGAUCGAGAAGCUACCUAAGUAUGAGAACUGGAGCAGUCAUAAGCUGGCUUGUCUGCAGUUCACAAUGGGUUCAACAGACGAACCGAAGCUCGUGGCUUUAUCCCAUUACCAACUGCUAAAUGGAGCUCGAGCAACUGUCACAGCUUUCCGAAUCAUGAAAGAGCAUGUGCUCUGUUGUGCCCUUCCAAUUUUCCGGAUACCAAUAUUCUCUCUUGUCUGUCUUUCACCCUUCUUAACAGAAUGUAGAACGGUAUUUCCUGAACCCUCGCCUCUUCCUCGUAAUCUAUUUGCCAGCGUGAAUAAGUACAAUUGCACAACCCUAUUGUCUAACGGAGCAGCCUUAAGACUCUUACUGAAGAUCUCACAAUCUCAACGUGUAAAAUUGAAUCAACUGCAGAAUAUAUUAUUGAUAGGAGACCGAGUUUCCAGAGAAGUCCUUCAAAUCAUUCAACAACAAUGUCAAAACGUCAAAAUUAUUGCUGUUGGCUACUUGCUCACUGAAACUGGAUCCAUUCCCAUUCUUGGUGAUGAGACCACUGAUUUUACCCGAAACGUUGGUCGGGCAAUUGCUGGAUACGAGAUCAGUCUGCAGUCUCUCACAGGAAAUGGAGAAAAAGUGCCUGAGAACCAAUUGGGCUUCUUGCACAUCAGAACAUAUUUCGGUAGCACUUUCCUGGGAUAUGCUCCAGAAUGUACAGGAAAAGAGAAAUGGCUGGAUACAGGUGAUGUUGCUCGCAUGGAUGCUCAAGGAAACGUUGAAAUCGUCACCAACAAGGAAGAUUUGAUAUUUGACAAGAACAACGGUCUUGUUGAGCAUUGGAAUAUUGAGAGAUUAUUGAAUCAAAACGAAUUAAUCAAAGGAAUUCAGGUCAUUUCCAUUGGUCGUGGAAAGCCCGUAACAGCUGUUUGUGUCAUGAAAAAUCCUGGCAGUAAUGCAGUUUAUGUUCGUAAUGAAUUAGUAGAUAUGUGUCGUAAUCACAGGUUUGCAAUUCCUGAUCAGUUUGCUUUCGUUGAUGACUUCCCUCGAGUCAAUACAAAGAUUCAGAAGUAUCGUAUUCGAGAAUUGGUUGCCAGCGGCAAAAUCUCUAUUGUCAUGUAA